CUGAAACAAACGUCCUGUAUUCCUCAGGACAGGGGCCUGGACCGGCUACAAAACCAAGUAAUAGUGGUAGUGGUCAUGGUAUUGGUGCAUUGGGGACAACCCCCGAAUGUGACUCCGUUAUUGACAUUCAGGGGCAACAACAGGCCCAGCUUGCACAACUUUUGCAGCAAGUGGCCCAAGGAUCGAAUAUCGGUAAUUCUGUGGCGUCACUCUCAUCUACAAUUGCAGCAUCAGGGCUUGUUCUGUUACCUCCACCACCAUUGACAAUCAAAAAUUUGACCAUCCACACCUCACUCCUCUCAACAAAACAACAGCUUCAACAACAGCAGCAACAACUACAGCAAUUGCACCAUGUUCAGAUCAAUGCUGCACUAAAGAAACAGCAACAACAGCAACACCAACGGCAAAUACAGAUGCUACAGCAGCAACAUGACCAGAAACAGCAACAGCAACAUUAUGGCAUACAACCGUUGUCAAUGGAGGAUUGUUCACCAAGUGCACUCUCAGAUGCGACAAUGGGGGAGGGUGAGCGGGAACGUGAGAGUAUGUCAAUGGACUGUGCCAGUGGAGGUGCAGCAGUAGCAGGAGCAACAGGAGGCCAGUGUCAAGGUCAGGGCCAGGGCUCGCCUUCACAGCUCACAUCUCGAUCAACUUCUGGAGUCACGUCGCCUGUGCCAGGGAGUGCUCAUUUGUUUAACAACACCUCAGGAUUUUCGGUGCUUGGAGAAAGUAGUAUGAACCAAUAUCCUCCUCCUGAUCAAUGGAGCUAUACUAUGACACGAUAUCACGCCUCUCUUAUCCCGCUUUGCCAUAUCGAAGAGCCUCUCACGUUUUAUGAAGCCAUGGAUGAUCACCUGUCCUUCGACACAAAUGAUAAUGAGCACAGUCAUAUUGAUAUCAACCAAAAUGAUGAGGAUGAUGAGAGGGACGAUAAUGAAUUGUCCUUUAUGAUGGACAGAGACGAAGGCAGAGACACGGACAAAAGAGAGGACGACGCUUCUUUUUCCAUUUCUUCCCGUGAAAAAAAACCACAUCGUCAGCUUCCAAACAUAAACAAUACAAUCAACAACAAUAAUAAUAAUCACAAUAAUGUAAAUGAUCACGGGCUGCAUUCGCAGGAGCAGCUGCAGCUAUGCAACCACAACAAAAAUAUCACCGAUAACAACAUCACAAGUUCAGUGUCACAUGAGCCAUCAUAUCUCUUUGAGGAAAACGACCAUGACCAAACCAUCAGCACUGCUCAGCCAAAGUAUCUACAAGAGCAUGGGAGGACAACAACGGAUAGUAGUGGCGAACAGAUAUUCUUUUAUGAUGGUCCGAAUCUUAUGCAGGCAACACUAAAGGAUGAUUGUGAUUAUGCAGUGGAUGAGGACAGGUCCAUAGGACCCCGAGUAAGCAGUCGGAUCCGUUCAAGAGCAGUAGCACUUGCAUCUGAUCUUUAUCCUAUACAGACUAAGCAGCCUCAUGACCAUACUCAAGCUGAAACUACAGCCAUUCUCAGUCCUGUCUCUCUAUCCAGCGGUGGCACUCGUCCUCUCUCUAAUUCUAAUGCCAAGAUAACCGUUAAGCGUGACUCGAUAUGGUCAGGGUUACAUAAACUUUCCAGAUCCAAGGGCCAUUCAAGAUCUAGGUCUAGAUCUAGAUCAAGGUCAAGGCUCCGAUCAAAGUCCCAGUCGAGAUCCAGAUCAAGAUCGAGGUCGAGGUCUGAUUCACGGCCCAUUACGCCACAUAGCAUAGCUACGUCCCAUUCACGUGCUCGGCCACAGUCUGUGGUUUCAGAUGCUUGGUCACGGACCAUACCUGAUCCUCUCCUCAGGAAAACGGACAUGCAGCUAUCCUCCUCCCCGUUCACUAAAACUCGCCCUGAUAUCCUGACCCGCGGCUUCUCUGCAGAGUCAAGCUCAACUCAGGAUCAUGACUACCAAAAGGGCCAAGACAAUGGAGGUGGAGGCGGUAGCAGCGCCACAGGAAGCUCUAUUCGUAAAGUUGCUGCCAAGGAGAGGCUUGUCGCGAUGGCCGCACGUACUGCAGGACCUUUGAACUCAUUGUCAGGUAAUUAUAUCGAUGCAAGUGUCAACCAUACCAAAGAGGUACCUAUUUCUGGAUCCGGAUGGCGCGAUGAUCGCAGUGGCGGUGGCUCGCCAUUAAGGAUACAGCGUAAUAGUGUUAGCGAAAGGGGAUCAGCCUUACAAGCAACAACAGAAAACCCCUUCGUCCUAAACCAAACACUAGAGCAGGGACAAGCAUCGCCUUCAUUACACCGUCACGCAGUAGCUGAUGCCGCCAUGGGUUUUCCUCACAACAACAGCUCGGUUCUUGUAUCAAGUGAUAUUCCCCAGAGUACUACCACAAAGGUACCAACGCCUAAUCUACGAAGCAUGCGUGGUACUAGGAAACCUAGACCAUUUUCAGUGGCAACCAUGGAAAAGCUCAUGGCCAGUGGCUCCAAUUCAAGUCAAACACAGGACUCACCACGUUUCGAUAAGCAACAGCACUUGCCACAGGCUAGUCGAAUGCAGGUGCAGCCAUUACCUAUAUACUGUGAUCCGCUAGAUGAUCUCAAUACCGAGGAUGUUAUGAAUACUAUGCCAAAGGUACCUGCCACGGCACGUCCAAAGAUCACCAGUUCGUGCUCUCGUCCUGAUAAUAGCUCAGCAGCUCCUCUUGCAGCACCAGAUGUGAUAAGCAAUCCUGGUGUGAAAGGGAAGGACGCUGAAGGAAACCUUCCUGAAAGCAUCAGCGUCAGUGGCGACAGUAGCCACAAAAGCAGUUACCGGACAGGUAUCAAGAGAAUGAGUGUUCCUUAUAUUCGAACCAUGCCUGAAGAAAUGUUGGGCUCUAUAAAUGGUCCGCUACAUGUACAUGAGCAUCAUAUUCAUCACCAUUACUACUGCCAGCAUUGUCCUCCUCCCUUGAUGCAUUCCAAUCCCGAGGAAAUAGGCCCUGUGGACCAGCAACAGCAGCAUUCAUCUUCCUAUCCUCACGCCCAUUCUGUCCACAACAAUACGACGGCGGCACAUCAUCAUCGGAGACGCCCAGAAAAUAUGCCGUUCUUGUCAACUGUGGUCGAGGCUCCACUUCAACAGCAAUACCUCCAACGAAGACGGGAGUCGCUUUUAGAGUCAGAAGCUCAAAGCUGUGGCCGCAGUCCUGUAGAGUAUGCGUAUGGACAGUCAUUUGCACCACAGCCGGACGAUGGCGGUAGCGGUGCGAAGCCUCAAGUGAGUAAGAAGAAAAGAAGUAUUCUUGGUACUAUGUCUAUGACAUCCACGAUGCGAAGGCGUUUCUUUGCAGAACAGAAAAAGCAAGAGCAACAGCAAGAGCAAGAGCAAGAGACUGAGCAAGAUCGUGCACUCAGGGAGACAUAUAAGGCGCAGCGACGUCAAAGCACACCAUUGUCAUUGUUUCAGUUCUGGCGAAAUGAUGAUAGUGCCUUGGAUUCGACCUCAACGAUGAGAUAUAACAAUAGUAGCCGAGAUAGACCCUUCGCAGCAGCGGGAGCUACUAUUCGAGUCAAGAGGCAUCAAAGAAGGUCCCCCUUGGAAGGCUUCAGCGACGAUGAGGAUGAUUCUUUUUUGGAUGACAGACUAUUGCCCUCAUUGGAUAGCAAUAACACUAUCAAUAAUAGCAACGGCGGCAGCGGAGGCCAACAGGAGCAACAACGUGCCAAGUUUCUGUCAAAACUCAAGCGAUUCUUGCUGAAGCCUAGCCCAUUUGCCAACAAUAAGGACGCUAUGGAUCAAGGUGUGACCUCCCCCUCCACUGCACCCAACACUCCAACUCAAGCACGGUCUGCUGCGACGGUUCGAGUGACCAAGAGCAGAUGGUCUCGUACUGGUAGCAAUCUGUUGGGAUAUCUGAGCCAGACAUCAAGAGGGGCUUCAGGACUGGAUGAUUUGGAUUCGGAACAAAACAUUUUGGAAGGAUGUCUAUCAUCCCCAUCAUCACCCACCUACUAUCAAUCACCUGGUCACCGUUCUCUUCGCAGGUGGACACAUCAGGACUUUUUUGAGCCCCCAACUCCAUCUUCGUUACCCUCAUUGCAGCGACGUGAACGAAUUGACAUCCGCGCCCAGUUUCAUCAGUCUUCAGCACCUGCUUUCCUGGAACAGCGUUUUACGCAUCACCAUCACCAGCACCAUUAUCAUCAUCAUCAUGACCCACAUCUGCUCCAGCAGGAGCAGGAUCAGCAACUGCAGCAGAGCCAACGUCGUCGUUAUAGCCUUAGUGGCGCCUCUUCUUUUUCCUCAAUUCAGCAAUCGCAGAAAAAGCAGCAACAGCAUCAACAAUGCCAACCUCAGCAAACUCUGAGGCAAGCGCAAGCACUUCCCCCACUUGACACCGUCGAUGCUGUUAAAGCUUCUAGUACCGUCACUACCAACACCACGGCUAUAACCACUCCAACAAACCCUAAUCCUCCUGUCCUCGGCUCGACUGAGCCAACCUUGCGGCGAUCUCCAAAGUCGGGCGUAAACUCUGUUAUAUCCUCACAACCCAUGUCAAGUCUGAAUGAUAAAGAGUCUUCUGAUCAAGAUACGGCCCCAACCCCAUGCUCGACAUCCCCUGUUACCACCAAGCCAACCCCCAUGCCCACAGCCGCAACCGCAAUUACCGCCUCAUCAUCCACACCAUCUGUCCACGCACCUGCAUUUUGAUGAAUACCCCAUACACACAAGUUUUGUAAUGAGAG